AUGAACACCACCAUACCAGGAGCUUCCAACAUCACAACUCCUUACAUUUUUGGAUAUCUAGAAAUGUGUGUGUUCAGCAUCAAUGUCUUGUUUGGUCUUCCUACACACUCCUAUAUCAUAUGGCUUAUUGUCAAAGGAACGGGUGGAGUUGCAUCAGAGUUCUUCAACUUCAAUCUUUCUGUUUGUGAGAUUGGUGCCUGUCUAGACUGUUUGUUUUUUAUCCUGGUAAACUGGAUUUUGUUUCUUGCACCAUUAGCACUUCUUUUCCAAGGUUUUAUCAUCACUGGUCGUCCUCUGUUUCAGUGUCUGAUGUGUGUUGAGCGUUACCUGGCUGUGGUUCAUCCUGUAACCUUUCUGAAGUACAAACCUCUCAGAUACAGAGUGAUCUGCUGCACCGCGGCCUGGAUAAUUAUUUUUGUCUCCUGUUUGGUCUGCAUGUUCACAUUAAUGUCAUCUAAUAUUAAUGUACAUACAUGGUUCUUCUUAUCACAGUUCAUUCUCAUCCUCUCCAUCCAGUUGUUUUGUCUUUUGGCUGUUCUCAGAGCUCUGAAGCAGUCAGGACUAGGAGAGAGAGGGAGAGAGAGAGAGGAGGAAAACCACACAAAGAAAAGAGCAUUUCAGCUCAUUUUAAUAAUUACUGAAAACAUGGUUAUCACUUAUGUGCUGAUUAUUAUCUCAGGAGUAUUUAUAAUUUUGAAAACGCACUAUCAUGUAUCAUACUGGGCCCCUGGUUUGGUUUGUUAUACACUGGCUGGUUUUGUUCAGCCUGUUCUUUUUCUGCGCCGGGCUGGAAAACUCUCUUGCCCCGUUUCUCCAUAA